CUUUUUGUCUUUCUGCACCUUGCCGCAGCCGCCGGGUGGUGGCAGCAGAGGGCGACGUCCCGCUGGAAGCUGUUGUCUUUAGACGCAGAAGAAGACUCGUUCUUUCUCGCUUCCCCUCGUUAACGAUAUCUUCAGGCGAUGGCUCCUCGUAAAGGAAAGGAGAAGAAGGAGGAGCAGGUGAUUAGUUUGGGUCCUCAGGUGGCCGAGGGAGAAAACGUCUUCGGAGUUUGCCACAUCUUUGCCUCCUUCAAUGACACCUUUGUCCACGUCACAGACCUCUCUGGAAAGGAAACGAUCUGCCGCGUGACUGGCGGGAUGAAGGUGAAGGCGGACAGAGAUGAGUCGUCUCCGUAUGCUGCCAUGUUGGCGGCUCAAGAUGUUGCUCAGCGCUGCAAAGAGCUCGGAAUUACAGCGCUGCACAUCAAACUCAGAGCCACUGGAGGCAACCGGACAAAGACUCCUGGACCCGGGGCUCAGUCUGCUCUCAGAGCUCUUGCUCGGUCUGGAAUGAAGAUUGGACGCAUCGAGGACGUCACUCCGAUCCCGUCAGACUCCACCAGGAGGAAGGGCGGUCGCCGCGGACGCCGUCUGUAGAUGGCAGUGUUUAUUCACCAAUAAAAUGUUUAAA